UAAAAAAUGAUGUCCAUUUUCUUCUCUCUCCACAUCAAUCUCUCUCUCUCUUUCUCUCUCAUCCUCUGCAACAAAAAAACAACUCUCACACUCUUCUCUUCAUCCUUUGCAAAACUUUUUAACACUUUUUCACAAGCAAUCUCUGAGAGGGAAAAAAUAAAUAAAAAAUAAAACAAAAGAAAAAGCCAAGGUUUUCAGUUUUCUCCUUCAUCCAAAAAAUCCAAUAUUCUUCUUCAUUCUCUCCCACCCUUUUGAAACCCCUUUCACUAAUUCUUCGUCGGUGCUUCAAAGUUUCAAUCUCGAUCUUCUUCACCCAAUUUCACAUCAGAUUUUAGGGUUUCCACUGUUUCUGGGUCACCUUCAAGUUCAUUCCUUUGAUGUGUUUUUGCUCCAUUUUGCAGUGCUUUUGUCUUGAACUUGUUAAAGGGUCAAUGAUUCUAGUGCUAGAUUUUAAGUGGGGUCGUUGAGAAAGUAGGGGAAUCACAUUGUGUUUGUCAAAAAGGGAGGGUUUUUAUCUACUUGUUGAGAGGUUCCUUUGUUUUUGAGGCUUUUGUGAAUAGUGGUUGCUUUUUUUUUUGGAAGCUUAUUUUAGAAGCAAUUAACUCCCCCUUUUGAACGUGAUAGUAUUUAGUGCUAUCAUGGACUCACACAGUGUUUUCUUUUGAUUCAUUUUAUCUCUUUCUCUUUUUGGAUUUUGAAGUCAUUUUUAGUUGUGAAACCCGUGAAUUUGUCUCUUUUAUUUAUGGAGUAGCAGUUUUUAUUUAUUUAUUUAUUAAUUUAGUGAAAUUUGGUAGAUCAAGGUGAUUUAUUUUUAUGGGUAGCAUUGAUGAUUUAGCAUCACAAAUGGUUGGAUAUAAGGGUCAAUGGAUUUAUUGUGACGUGUAUCAAUAGCUUUAGAAAUAUAACUUGUUUAGGAUAAUGUUUUAGUUUCAUCAUAGGAGUGAGGUUUGGAAUCUGACAAGGAUAUGGUGAUGGAGGAUAUAGGGUUGUUUAAGCAAGUUUGGCAAUGGAUUAAGUCACAAAAAGACGCUUGCUGGCGUGCUCGAACGGUGGUGGUUUGUUGUAGAGACAGAACUGCGAUGUUUAUUGAACGGCAUUGGCCUAUGGUGUGUAAGGGUUGCUCAAAGUUGGGGAGCUUACUGAGGUUAUCAUUGAUUUUUUGGAAGGAUUCUGCUUUAAGGGGAUUUCAGUCCUUUAUUAGGUUUGGUUCGGUGAUGCUCCUGCUUAUAAUGUGGAGCUGCUUUCUUAGUCUGACUUCGAUGUUUUGCUUGGUUUACGUUCUUGUUAGUAUGGUUGUUGCUGGGGUUGCUGUUCAAUACUUGGGUUAUACUCCUGGACUUUUCAUCGUAGGGCUUUUUGCUAUCCUUAUUUUGUGGAUGUAUGCUAACUUCUGGAUCACAGGAACAUUACUCAUAGUUGGAGGUUAUUUGUUCUCCUUAAAUCAUGCACGCUUGGUGGUACUAAUUGGAACUGCUUACGCUAUGUAUUCUGUUCAAGCAAAAGUGGGAUGGCCGGGUGUUUUUCUUGCCAUAAACCUCGCGUUUCUUUCGAAUGACAUUUUGAAUUUUCUGCUCCAAUGGUUUGAUAACGUGAGUGAAAGUUCGCAUUCUGAAGAGCCGAAGCCAUCAGAAACAGAAACUGUUAUGGAAGACGACUUCGCCGAAGAGUGUGAAUAUCCUAUCCCACCGGAGGAAUCUGAGAAUUUGCAUUCGUGCAAAUCGUCUAGUAAACCACCUGCUGUCACCACAUCAGUUGUUGAUAAGAAGAAAGAACUUUUGGUUAACAAAGUUGUUAGAGAACAGACAAAUUCAAUUGAUGAAAUGAAAAGGAUAUUGAAGAGUCUGAAUCAUUAUGAAGCCCUUGGGUUUAUCCGCCACAAAAAGAUCGAUGCAGUCGUUUUGAAAAAGGAAUACCGGAAAAAGGCUAUGCUCGUGCAUCCUGAUAAAAACAUGGGAAGUUCUUUAGCAAGUGAGUCAUUUAAGAAGCUUCAAUGUGCAUACGAGGUUCUUUCUGACUCUGUGAAGAAGCGGGACUAUGAUGAACAAUUAAGAAAAGAAGAAUCCAUGGCUAAAAGUGUCUGCCAAAAAUCCCACAGUAGUUCACAUCAGGAUAAUACUGAAUAUUGUUCGGAAGAAUCCAGACGUAUACAGUGCACAAAGUGUGGGAAUUCACAUAUUUGGGUAUGCACUAACCGAAGUAAGGCCAAAGCAAGAUGGUGUCAGGACUGCCGUCAGUUUCAUCAAGCGAAGGACGGAGAUGGAUGGGUCGAAUAUAAGGGUUCUUUGGUUUUUGACAGGCCUCAAAAAGUGGAGAUUCCACGUGCUUUUGUUUGUGCCGAGAGCAAAAUAUUUGAUGUAUCAGAAUGGGCUAUAUGUCAGGGAAUGGCUUGUAGACCCAACACUCAUCGACCGAGCUUUCAUGUAAACAUGGUUGGCUUGGAGAAAAGCCAACGCUGCAACUCAAGUAGAUUCCCAUGGGAUUUGGACGCCGAAAUGAUGAUGGACGAAGACGAGGAGGCAUUUGAUCUAUGGCUUCAGCAAGCCUUGGCGUCUGGUCUCUUUUGCGAGUCCUCAAAACGCCGGAAGAGUUGGAGUCCUUUCAAAUUGCCUCAAAAGAAAGGGAAA